UUUAAAUAUUGCAAUAAUUUAUAUUGAAAAGAGGAUAGCCAAUUUAUUGGCUAAUUCGAAUUCAUAUGUACAAUUAGUAUAAUUCUGAUUGUUGAAGUCAAAAAUUCAAGUCUCUUGGCUCUUUUCACGCUUUCUCACAAACGGAUUCAAAAAUAGUAAUCUAUUUUUGAAGUUUGGAUAAACCAUUGCUUCGUCUGGUGUCUACAAUACAUAUUACUCAUAUAAUACUAAUUUUAUUUUUACCAGAUCGAAAAUUUUUAUGUUGAAAAGAAAAAUUUAUAGAUCCAAUGUCACAUUCCGUAAAAAUUUACGAUACAUGUAUAGGAUGCACUCAAUGUGUACGAGCUUGUCCAACAGAUGUAUUAGAAAUGAUACCCUGGGAUGGAUGUAAAGCCAAGCAAAUAGCUUCUGCCCCGAGAACUGAAGAUUGUGUGGGUUGUAAGAGAUGCGAAUCCGCUUGCCCGACGGAUUUUUUAAGUGUACGCGUUUAUUUAGGGCCUGAAACAACCCGUAGCAUGGCUUUAUCUUAUUGAUACGUUACAAAAAACUUCAUUUGAAUCGUCUGAUUCCUCUUUACCGAAGAAGCCUGUGCUCGAAAUAAUCGAGCACGGGCUUUUCUGGUCAAAACGUAUCUUGUCUUUACCACUUAAUCAUGAGUUAUUUUCCUUGGUUAACAAUACUUGUUGUUUUGCCGAUAUUUGCAGGUUCAUUAAUUUUCUUUUUACCUCAUAGGGGAAACAAAAUAGUUAGGUGGUAUACUAUAUCCAUUUGUUUAUUAGAAUUCCUUCUAAUGACUUAUGCAUUCUGCUAUCAUUUCCAACUGGAGGAUCCUUUAAUCCAAUUAAAGGAGGAUUAUAAAUGGAUAGAUAUCUUCGAUUUCCACUGGAGAUUGGGAAUCGAUGGACUUUCAUUAGGAUCUAUUUUAUUGACAGGAUUUAUCACUACUUUAGCUACUUUAGCAGCUUGGCCAGUUACCCGGAAUUCGCGAUUAUUCUAUUUCUUGAUGCUAGCAAUGUAUAGUGGUCAAAUAGGAUUAUUUUCUUCGCGAGACCUUUUACUUUUUUUUAUCAUGUGGGAGUUAGAAUUAAUUCCUGUUUACUUACUUUUAUCCAUGUGGGGGGGAAAGAGGCGUCUAUAUUCAGCUACAAAGUUUAUUUUGUAUACUGCAGGCGGCUCCAUCUUUUUCUUAAUCGGAGUUCUGGGUAUGGGCUUAUAUGGUUAUGGUUCCAACGAACUGGGAUUAGAUUUGGAAAGAUUAAUUAAUCAAUCAUACCCUGCAACCUUGGAAAUACUUUUAUAUUUUGGCUUCCUUAUUGCUUAUGCUGUCAAAUUGCCAAUUAUACCCCUACAUACGUGGUUACCCGAUACCCAUGGGGAAGCGCAUUAUAGUACAUGUAUGCUUUUAGCGGGAAUCUUAUUAAAGAUGGGAGCAUAUGGAUUGAUUCGGAUCAACAUGGAAUUGUUACCUCAUGCUCAUUAUCUAUUUUCGCCCUGGUUAGUAAUAAUAGGAGCGAUCCAAAUAAUCUAUGCAGCUUCAACUUCUCUUGGUCAACGAAAUUUCAAAAAAAGAAUAGCCUAUUCCUCUAUAUCUCACAUGGGUUUCAUAAUUAUAGGAAUUGGUUCCAUAACCAACAUUGGACUCAAUGGAGCUAUUUUACAAAUAUUAUCCCAUGGAUUUAUUGGUGCUACACUUUUUUUCUUGGCAGGAACGGCUUCCGAUAGAAUGCGUCUUGUUUAUCUCGAAGAACUGGGAGGAAUAUCUAUCCCAAUGCCAAAAAUUUUUACUAUGUUUAGUAGCUUUUCAAUGGCUUCUCUUGCCUUACCAGGAAUGAGUGGUUUUGUCGCAGAAUUAGUAGUCUUUUUUGGCCUAAUUACUAGUCCAAAAUUUCUGUUAAUGCCAAAAAUGCUAAUUACUUUUGUAAUGGCAAUAGGAAUGAUAUUAACUCCUAUUUAUUUAUUAUCUAUGUUACGCCAGAUGUUCUAUGGAUACAAGCUAUUUAAUGUUCCAAACGCAAAUUUUGUGGAUUCUGGACCACGAGAACUCUUUAUUUUAAUCUGUAUCUUUUUACCAGUAAUAGGAAUUGGUAUUUAUCCAGAUUUUGUUCUCUCCCUAUCCAUUGACAGGGUGGAGGCUCUCGUAUCCAAUUAUUAUCCUAAAUAGGUUUUUUACCAGUCCGGUCUAUUAAUGAGGAAGUCUAAUUAGAUCUAUCUUGAAUUUUUGAGAACCCUUUGAUAAGGCGUUCAAGGGGUUCUCAAAUAAAACAUAAAAGAAAACCCUUCAUAAAGGGUUUUCUUUUAUCUAAUCAUUUAGAUGUUAAUAUAAACGAACCAUAACUAUGUAAACCUAUUCCUAAUAGAUUGAUACCAAAAUAGCAGAUCCAAAUUAUAAGAAAUCCUAUCGAAGCUACAAGUGCAGAAUUCGUACCCUUCCAAUUUAGAUUUGUUCUACUAUGUAAAUAAAUUGCAAAUAUGGUCCAAGUAAUAAAUGCCCAAGUUUCCUUAGGAUCCCAAUUCCAAUAGGAUCCCCACGCGUCAUUAGCCCAUACUGCUCCACAAAGAAUACCUAUGGUUAAAAGGGUAAAUCCUAGGCUAAUGACACGAUAACUCCAAGAAUCUAAACGCUCCGUUAAUUGAUAUUUGUAAUAAUUUGGGAAUGAAGGGACAGAGGUGCUUUUUAAAGAACUUCUUUUUACAUAGAAAUCACUAAAGAAAAAUGUUUUAAGUAAAACAUUUUUUUUCUUUUUAGAAAAGAAAAAGAAAUUAUUUCGAAAUCUAAUGAUUAGAAUAGCGGCAGAUAAUAAGGAUCCGCACAAAAGAGUUGCAUAGCUUAGUAACAUCAUACUGACAUGCAUCAUUAACCACUGAGAUUGGAGAGCGGGUACUAGUAUUGUGGAUUGAUGCAUUUCAGUUAAAAGACCCGAUGUGGCAAAGCCUUGCGUUAAAAUAGUACUUGGCGUAGUUAUUGUGCUUAAAUCAUUUUUAGAGUUCUGUAUCUUAGGAAUGGUAUGAAGAAUAUACAGAGCCCAUGAAAGGAAGAUCAACGACUCAUAUAAAUUACUUAAUGGAAAAUGUCCCGAAGAAGCCCAGCGAGAAACUAGGAAUCCUGUUAUAGAGAAAAAAGUAACUAUCAUUCCUUUUUCUGACGAAUCACGUAAUCCCCCAAGUUCAUGAACUAAUAAGGUUAUCAAAUGAAUCGUAAUCACAAUGGAAAUGGUUGAGAAGGAGAUAUGAUUUAAUAUAUGUUCUAAAGUUGCAAAUAGCAUAAGGGGAAGGUCUCAUUACAAAAUUGUAAAUUUCGAAUUGAAUCCAUUUUAUAAUCUAUUAUAUUCUUUUUCGAGAAUGCCGCCACUCGGAUUCGAACCGAGAUGCUUGAGCACUGCUUCCUAAGAGCAGCGUGUCUACCAAUUUCACCAUGGCGGCUAACUUCAAAUAAUAGGUAACUUAAAAGAAUAAUAGCUAUUAUCUCGCGAAUCGUCGAGAUUGGGAAAGUCCAUAAAAUUUAGGAACAUUAGAGUCUUCAUUAAAAUAUACUUCGUUUAUGUAGUAUCGUUGCGAUUUUUUUUUACAAUAAACUCUUGCUUUGCCUAAUGGAAACACCGCUUGAAAGACUUGGAACUCCUCUUUUAUAAGUUGCAAUAUAGAACUAAUUUUUUUUUUUCUAAUUAGUUUCUCCCUAAAAUUAAAUUUUUUCCAUUUUAUUUUGAUUGAACAAAAUUUAAAGAAUGAAAGUCUUUAUGCUCUUAUUAAUAGGAUUUACUAACCUUAAACCAAUUAUUUUGGAGAAAAUAGAUGUAAGUGGUAAGUUUUAUUGCAAGAAGACUCCACUUUUCCUAAUAGAAUUCUCAUAAUAAAAUAUGAGAAUUCUAUUAGGAAAAGUUUAUUGAUCAAGAA